AUGCAGCUCCUCUCUUUCUUCACCUCUUUGGCCCUCGUGUCUGCCGUGGUCUCUACCCCGACACCAGGCUUCAAAGGAAUCGUGGCCCGCGCAGAUAAACGAGGCAAUGAGACCAUUGCUGGUCUCGGGGCCCGAAAGCAGGCGGUCUUGGAUGCUGGUGGUAACACUCGUGAUAUGGCUAUUGCCAUGCUGGAGACUACCACCAUGACUACCGAUUACACCUAUGGUGACGGCAAGGAUGGUGAUGGCACAAACUUCGGCGUUUUCAAGCAGAAUUGGUUCAUCCUGAGACACUCUGCAUCUGAAUUCUUGGGCCAGACCCUUGCCGAUGUUGACAACGGUGCUAUUCUCAACUCGGAUCUUUCAAAGGACAUCCAGGCUCGUCAUGACGGCGAGGACCACUACGGGUAUGAGACUUGGUUCAGUGGUCACCGCAAUGGAGAGACGGGUAUCAAUAACCCGGGCACAGCGGACAUCCAGGGAUACAUCGAUGCCAUUGCAUGGAUUCAGCAGCAGAUUGAGAGUGAUGAGAAAUACCAGACCGAUGAUACUCGUUUCUGGGUUGAUGUCGUGGCCAUCUAG